CGGAGUUUGGCCCCAGCAGCCGCCGCGGUGAUUCGCCAGCAACAGAUGCCGGGCGCCCAGAUUGGCAUCCUUAGUCCCCGCUGAGCGCCCGAAGAAGAGGGCAGGAACCAGAGAAGGGCCGAGAAGGCGGGGACGGGAGUGCAGAGACCACCCCUCCCCAACCCCAAAAGGCAGAAGCCCCCGCCCCCACCGGAGAGCUCCGCGCCGGCCAAGCGCUUGCCUGCUGCCGCUGCCGCUGCCGCUGCCGCUGCCUCGGGCGCCCACCUCUCCCCAGCCAUGCCCGGCCCGGCCGCCGACGGGAGGCAGGUCCCCUUCCGCAACGCCAAGGAGGAGAUCCGUGCGAGGAUCGAAGUCUCGGAAGGCGGCGGCGACCCGCAGAGACUGGGCGGGCGCGGGCAGCGGCAGAUCGUCGUCUGGAGGAACGUCGUCCUGAUGAGCCUGCUCCACCUGGGGGCCGUGUACUCCCUGGCCCUUAUCCCCAAAGCCAAGCUGCUCACCCUGCUCUGGGCGUACUUCUGCUUCCUCCUAUCUGCUCUGGGUGUGACAGCUGGUGCCCAUCGCUUGUGGAGCCACAGGUCCUACAAAGCCAAGCUGCCUCUGAGGAUAUUUCUGGCUGUUGCCAACUCCAUGGCUUUCCAGAAUGACAUCUUCGAGUGGUCCAGGGACCACCGAGUCCACCACAAGUACUCAGAGACCGAUGCUGACCCACACAAUGCCCGCCGGGGCUUCUUCUUCUCUCAUAUCGGGUGGCUCCUUGUUCGCAAACAUCCAGAUGUCAUUGAGAAGGGGAGAAAACUUGACCUCACUGACCUGCUGGCUGAUCCUGUGGUCCGAUUCCAGAGAAAGUACUAUAAGAUCACUGUGGUGCUCAUGUGCUUUGUGAUCCCCACGCUGGUACCCUGGUGUGCCUGGGAAGAGAGUCUGUGGAACUCCUAUUUCUUGGCCUCCAUCCUCCGCUAUACCAUCUCACUCAACAUCAGCUGGCUGGUCAACAGUGCUGCCCACAUGUAUGGAAACCGGCCCUACGACAAGCACAUCAGCCCUCGGCAGAACCCACUCGUCACCCUGGGUGCCAUUGGUGAAGGCUUCCACAAUUACCACCACACCUUUCCCUUUGACUACUCUGCGAGUGAAUUUGGCUUAAAUUUCAACCCAACCACUUGGUUCAUUGACCUCAUGUGCUGGCUGGGACUGGCCACUGACCGCAAACGAGCAACCAAGCCAAUGAUCAAGGCCCGAAAAGCCAGGACUGGAGACGGCAGCACUUGAACCUGGAACUGGCAUCCAACAUGUUUGCCAUUGAUACCUUAGUUCAUGGCUUAUGUUCCUAUAGUUCUCUUGUUCAUUGGAUGUGGGAGGGGGUAGAGGCUGGGGAGGGAAAGGAAUCUAUGUGGUUUGGGAACUUUUCGUUUGUCUCAAAAUAAUGUCAAGAUAUAACUAUCAAUGAAAAAAAGUUUUUAGCAUCAAUGUAACUAUGAUUUUAACAUUAGAGUGUGAACAUGUGAUUUAAUCGUUGUAGCUACAAUAUGUCAAACACACAUGGUCAUGUGCUUGAAUGUGAUGUUAACCCUGACAGGAUGAAGGAAUUUAAUAUUCUUUCAGUGUGAUUCAGGAGAGCAUUUGCUUUCUUUUCUACCAGUUAACCCAGCACUGUUUUUAAACACAUUAUCUGAAGGUAGAAGACAAAAGAGAGGGUCUAAGUAACUAAAGAAUGUUUCUGUUUUGUAAUUACUGUGCCUGUGUGUUUGUUGUUUUUUAAAUAAGAGAAUUGAGGG